AGGUGUCUGGCAAAAGGAUUUCCGUUUCUCACACCGGGGAAAAGAGAAGCAUAAUACAGCAUAUGGUCCUCACAAAGAAGGACUUAAAUUGGAGGCAUUAGACCGGUUGUCUGGGCUGCAACGGUUUCGGCGCACUGGGAGUCCACGGUUUGGACUAAACUUAGAGCGCAUGGCGACUUCUCAUUUUGAGGCACUGGUGGUGAUUUGGGAUUUUUUUUUCUCUCAUACUCGCAUUUUCUGGCAAAGAUGUUUUGCCUCGAUCAACAGAAUGGCUCAAGUCAUUCGCCACUCUUGUAACCAUUUCCCUUUUUUUCUCUUCUCUUCGUUAUACUUCUCAUUCAUCUUGCAUUCUGUGUCCCUAUUUGAUUUAAUAUUUGUUUUGACCUUGACCCGGGUUGCACCCUCACCACAUCAUUCCUGUGCUGGCCACAUGUAUACUUCAACUUUUCCCCAAUCAUUGCCUCAUACCCCUGUGCGCAUCAUCCUGUUUUCAUUUUGUUUGCAUCCAUAAUAUUCCCCCCGCUGUUAUUAAUUCAAGUGCCCAUUCAAUGUGCGGCAUAGCUAGUGAUAAUCAAAGAAUCAUCAAGAAAAAUACUCUUCUGGGAAUGUAGUGUAG